UGUUGUGGGCGGAUGGAGGUGCUCUUGAGGACUGCGUGCGACGCUCUCUUCGUGCUGCUGUUCCUGUGGCUGGCCGGCUGGGCGGUGGACGGAGGCAGUCGAGCCGCAACUACGGCGAAACGACCACUCCUCAGCCUCAGCAUGGCAGACCUGCACAGGGACAGACUCGGCCAGCGGCCCAUCAGCUCCAAGCCGUCCGACGACGACACCUGUCCGGGCCUGGUGCGCGGCAUCGACCGCCUCCGCGACCCGCACCUCAACAAGGGGAUGGCGUUCACCCUGGAGGAAAGGCAGGCGCUGGGCAUCCACGGACUGCUGCCGCCGCGCUUCAAAACGCAGGACGAGCAGCUGGAGCUGUGCAAACUGAGCGUGAACAGGUACUCCGAGGACCUCAACAAGUACAUCUACCUGACAGGCCUCCAGGACCGUAAUGAGCAUCUCUUCUACCGGCUGUUGUCCGAGAACGUAGAAGAAAUGAUGCCGAUCGUGUACACACCGACCGUUGGGCUUGCCUGCCAGAAAUUCGGACUGGUAUACCGGCGGCCACGCGGCCUCUUCAUCACGAUCCACGACCGCGGCCAUGUGUACGACGUGCUGCGCAACUGGCCCGAGUCGGACGUGCGCGCCAUCGUGGUGACCGACGGCGAGCGCAUCCUCGGCCUCGGCGACCUCGGCGCCUACGGCAUGGGCAUCCCGGUCGGCAAGAUGGCGCUCUACACCGCCCUCGCCGGCAUCAAGCCCCACCAGUGCCUGCCCAUCACCCUCGACGUCGGUACUAACAUCCAGUCGCUGUUGGACGACCCUCUGUACAUCGGCCUGCGUCAGAAGCGAGUGACAGGCGCCGAGUACGACGACUUCAUCGAAGAGUUCAUGCAAGCGGUGGUGCAGCGCUACGGGCAGAACACGCUGAUCCAAUUCGAGGACUUUGGCAACCACAACGCAUUCCGCUUCCUCGAGAAGUACCGCAACCAGUACUGCACCUUCAACGACGACAUUCAGGGCACCGCCUCGGUCGCCGUCGCAGGACUCCUUGCCUCCCUCCGCGUCACCAACACGAAGCUCACGGAAAACACCUUCGUCUUCCAGGGCGCGGGAGAAGCUGCAAUUGGAAUUGCGGACCUGUGCGUGAUGGCGAUGAUGGAGGAAGGCGUGAGCGAGGAGGAAGCGCGCAAACGCGUCUGGAUGGUCGAUUCCAAGGGCCUGAUCGUCAAGGACCGACCCGAUGGUGGUAUUUCGGGGCACAAAUUGCGCUACGCCCGCGCCCACCCACCCAUCCGCACCCUGGCCGAGGUGGUCAAGACGGCUAAGCCGUCCGUUCUGAUCGGUGCUGCGGCAAUUGGCGGCGCCUUCACCCCAGAAAUUCUUCAGGAUAUGGCGACAUUCAACGCGCGACCAAUCAUAUUCGCUCUGAGCAACCCGACAAGCAAGGCUGAGUGCACGGCUGAACAGGCGUACCAAAACACGCAGGGCAAAGUGGUAUUUGCGAGUGGCUCGCCCUUCCUGCCGGUCACCUACCAGGGCAAGACCUUCUACCCUGGUCAGGGCAACAAUGCCUACAUCUUCCCUGGCGUGGCGCUCGGCGUCAUCUGCACCGGCAUCCACCACAUCAGCGAUGAGCUCUUCCUCAUCGCCGCACAAGCCCUUUCCGAGCUGGUGACGGACGGGGACUUGGCCAAGGGUUCGCUGUACCCACCGCUGAACUCGAUUAAGGACUGCUCGCUGAAAAUCGCGGCUAAAAUCGUGGACUACGCGUACGCCAAGGGUCUGGCUUGGACGUACCCUGAGCCCGAGGACAAGGAGGCUUUCAUCAGGGCGCAGUGCUACGAGCCUCGCUACGCGCCGGCCCUCCCGGCCGCCUACAAGUGGCCGUCGCAGCUGUGACCUCUUUUGCCUGAGCUCUGUCCAUAUAGUCUCUAGUGUCUAUCUCAGGUCUUGCCUCCCGCUCGCUGGUAAUUUUAAGCUGCCCGCAGGCGUCGCCACCACCUACCCGCGGCCCUCGUGCUCGCUCACCUUCGUCCAGGGCCAGAUGUACGACUUCCACUACGCGCCCUCUGCCCUCCCGCCUAGGUACCCGUGGCCAGAGUUCGCCACCCUCAACGUCAACUAAAUUCGCC